AUGGCGUCGCAGGCUGCGAUCUUUGCAGAGACGAUUGCCGGCAUGAAAAAGGCCGUCAAGAGAAAGGCCUACGAUUCGGACUCCGAAAAUGAAAUUGAGAACCUCACCAACCGAGGAAAUAAGCUGCGAAAGAAAGCGCGAUAUGUGCACGAGGGCCAAUUGGCGGCCCCGAGUGGCCCUCAAGUCUACAGGAGGAGCAUCGAGCACGCGGGCUACCAGAGAGAUAUAAUAUUUCGAAACCAUCCCCUCAUUGACGAAGACGGGUACGAAGUUGACAGCGAUGAGGACGACGAGAGAGCGCAAACCGCAAUUGCUGCCGCGGCCGAGAAGGACCCAUACUCCGAUAUCAAGGUUGAGAAUCUACUUGUUCCAUUAACAGCAGCUUCCGAUUUGCCUCAUCAUCCUACCCUCUCGAAGCCCUUCACAUCCAAAACGUUAACUGAGUUGACUCGAACUGCGGGUGAAAUGGUCCAGAAAGAAAAGGCCUCUCUGUGGAAAAUAAAGCAUUUAUUGACUAAACUGAGCGGUGACAAUACUUGGUAUCCCUGCGCAAGUGUCGAGACAGACAACGAUUUUGCACUUUUCCUCGAUGAACGGGAGCGUGUUCAUGGAAAUACGCUUGAGAAAGAGAUUCCUAGGGUAGAGGCUGAUCAGGUAUCAACCGGAACGCUGGCUUCAGAAGAAGUUGAGCAUCCAGAGGGAAUGCAGGUAAUAGACGACAGGUCUAGAGAGGGUAGUCAAGAAGGACCAAUGCAGACGAUCGAGAAUGGUGCAGAUGGUGAUAUGGUGGUAGGAUCUUCUGCGCAUUCGAACGGAAUAAACAGUGGAAGGGUUACAGGCGCGCCUGGGCCCGUGGAGCGAAAUGGCGAGGCCCACACGGGGCCUGCUAUGGAAGAAGUCAAAAUUUCAAAGGAAGCUCCUAAUGGACACCAAGUACUGCCAGAGGAUACAGAAAUGCCAGAUGGCGAACCGGAGGGCGAUCAUGAGGAUGUCCCACCGCCGCGCCGUAUGAGGACUCGCGCCCAGGCUCAAGCGGCGUCAGACAACAACACGAUUCGAACCAGAUCGGUAACACCGGAUUCCGGUCAAGAGAUGUUCAUUCAUCCAUACUUCCUGGCCCCGGCAUUCUCUCGUCCAGAUCGCAAUGUUGGUUUACCUCCGCCUGAAGCGGACGAAACCCGAAGGCUUCUUCAAUUGUACAUCCAAAAGCAGGAGGAAAUAUGUCGCGGCGCUCAAAAAAUAUACGACGGUUUACUGAGAGCGGAUCGUUACCGAAAGUUGGUUUUCAAAUGGGCUAAAGCCGAAGGACAUGUUGGUGCCAACCGGGAUAUGUCAGAUGGCGAGGACUGGUACGACAAGGAGGAAUGGGGGCUGGUUGAGGAUCUCAAAAAGGGGCAAGACGAAGAGGAAGAAGAUGCAGCAACAACGGCGAAAAAGACGAGAACGCGGCGGCAAUAA